ACUUCUUCUAUUGCUUACAAAAAGCCCGCUCGCUCCUUUCAUUUCACUUGUAUUACCAUCGGUACACGGGGCGACGUUCAACCUUACAUCGCCUUAUGUAAAGGGCUUAUGAAAGAAGGCCAUCGUUGUCGAAUAGCUACCCAUGAGGAAUUCAAGGACUGGAUAGAAGAACAUCAUAUUGAAUUCAGAAGCAUUGGAGGCGACCCUGGUGAACUCAUG